AUGUUAAAAAGAACAAAACGAGCUCCACAAUACAAUGAACAGGAGGCUCGAAAAUACUUCCAAUUCUCGGCUGCCGCCUAUGCGGAGACUCCAGAGAAAUGCUUGAUGAACGCUUUCCCAAUGAACGAAAAUCGUCAAUUGAUUAAUAUAAUGACAGCCUCGUGUGAUGUGAUCUCAUCUCUUUGCUCUGGUUAUAUUGUUAAAUCCGAUUCCCUGCAAGAGUUGACGAUCGUUUUUCGGGGCACGAAAACGCAAGAGCAACUUUUACUUGAAGGUUGGUCAACACUGACACCACAAAAGGACUUUUUCGGAAUCGGAUCAGUGAACGCCUAUUUUUUCCGGGCUCAUAACUUACUCUGGGAUUCCGUGGGUGCGGCGCUGAUGAAUCCGGCUUGGAAGAAGUAUCGUGUCGUCUUCACGGGGCAUUCCCUGGGUGCAGCACUUGCAGCUCUUGCCGCCGCGAGAACUGUGGCUCAAAAUCUCCGUGCCGGAAAUCAAGUAAAAGUGAUAACUUUCGGCGAACCGCGCGUUGGCAGUGUGAUUUUCGCGAAAAAUUUCGAUCAGAUGAUCCCCGAUUCCUGGCGAAUCGUUUUCCGCAAAGAUGUUGUCGCCCAUUUGCCCGGAUGCGUAAAAGAUUUCAUGAAUGGAACGAUUGACAAGGACGCGAGUUUACCGUGUGAUCCCAAUAAUCUCAUUCGAUCGUAUCAUCACAGCACAGAGAUCUGGUAUCCAGAAUGCAUGGAACCUGGCUGUCAAUACAGAGUGUGCACCGGUUUGCCGAAAGGCGAGGAUUUCUCGUGCUCCGAUCUUUACAAAUUCGAUCUAGCACAAUCGAAUUCGUAUAUCUGGGAUCAUCGGCACUAUUUCGGGAUCAAGAUCACCGAGUACGGGAAAUUGGGCUGUGACGCGAGUGCUGCAACGGUGCGUGAUCAAGAGCCAAAUGGGAACUCAUUCUCUGACAAGAUCUUCUCGGCAUUCGACUGGGUGGCGAAUAGAUUUGGAAUAAAUGUU